AUGACCACAGAAAUACGUCCUUCACCGGAAUCAACUGUGGCCGACUUAGAGCAAGCACGCGAUGAACAUGCGGGAAAUCGAGGCGGGAAUGUUGCUGAUGUCGACUACUCGGUCUUCACUGUUAGCCAAAGACGAUAUAUCGUCUUCAUGGCAUCGUGGGCUGGGUUCUUCUCGCCGGUUUCGUCACAGAUCUAUUUCCCGGCCUUGAAUACACUGGCUAAAGACCUUCAUGUGUCAAAUUCAUUGAUUAACUUGACCUUGACUAGUUACAUGAUUUUCCAAGGUCUGUCGCCCAUGUUCAUUGGCGACUUUGCGGAUAAAGCUGGGAGACGACCGGCUUAUAUCGUGUGUUUCACGAUUUAUAUCGCUGCGAAUAUUGGCCUGGCCCUGCAGAACAACUAUGCAGCACUUUUCGUUCUCCGAUGCCUGCAAAGUGCAGGAAGCAGCACCACCAUUGCGCUCUCGUCGGGUGUGGUCUCAGACGUGGCAACUGCAUCUCAGCGUGGUUCAUACAUGGGCCUUGUCACGGCGGGUUCUCUCAUGGGCCCUUCUCUGGGCCCGGUCAUCGGAGGCCUGCUCGCUCAGUACCUUGGUUGGAGGGCAAUUUUCUGGUUCCUGGUCAUCUUCUCCGGGGCAUUCAUGGUUCCGUUCCUGAUCUUCUUCCCUGAAACUGCCCGCGGCGUCGUUGGAGAUGGAUCCUUGCCGCCUCAAAAAUGGAACAUGUCUUUGAUGAGCUAUUUGAAGUUCCGCAAAGCCCGCGAAGGUGUCGAGUCGCCAGCCAACUCAACAAAGCAGAAGCUCCGGUUUCCAAACCCGUUCCAGACACUUGCCAUCGUGUUCCAGAAGGAUACCAGCAUCAUCCUGUUCUGCAACGCAAUCCUCUUCGCCGGUUUCUACGAUGUCAGCGCGACCAUUCCCUCGAUCUUCAACGAACUUUACGGCCUGGACGAUUUACAGAUUGGCCUGUGCUAUAUCCCCUUUGGACUCGGUGCCAGCCUCGCUUCUAUUCUGAACGGAAAAUUCCUCGAUUACAACUAUCGCCGAAUUGCAAAGAGCAUGAACUUCCCGUUGGUUAAGAACCGUCACACAGACCUUCGGUACUUCCCAAUCGAGAAGGCCCGUCUUCAGAUCGCCUUUCCGAUGUUAUCUAUCGGAAGUCUAAGCAUCCUCGCAUUCGGUUGGUGUUUGAACUACGGCGUUCAUCUCGCCGCGCCCACUACCAUUUUGUUCGUCAUGGGUCUUUCCCUCACGGGAGCCUUCAACACAGUUAGCACUCUGCUGGUAGACUUUUACCCGAUGCAGGCAGCCAAAGCUACAGCCGCCAACAAUUUCGUCCGCUGUUUGCUCGGAGCUGGCGCAACGGCCCUUAUCGACCCUAUGCUCUCGGCCAUGGGCCGUGGAUGGUGUUUCACCUUUAUUUCUCUGGUUAUGCUCGCUACCUCUCCACUGCUUUUGUUCGAGAUGCAUAUGGGACCUAAAUGGCGUGAAGAGCGCCAGUUGAAGGAAGAAGCGAAGAAGCUUGGGAAUGCUUCACAUUCUGUAAACGCAAUCCAGAACGAGAAGUCUACCACAGAGGCUUGA